UCUCGGCUCCGGUCAGCGUCUGUUUUAUCAACACGAGUUCUGGUCCAUCCGAUGGUGAAGCAUAAAGAACAUCUCUAGGCUGUGGUUUAUUUUUGAUUGUAUGAACCAGCCGAAACGCUGGCAUUUGUGAUGUUUCGGUGGUGGAUUCAGGUGAUACAGGAUCGACGGACGUUGCUUUGAUUGGCUUCAUCUAAUCCGAAUUUUUUUUCUUUGUGCAGGUUAAUGGAAUGCAAGUAUGUUGGAACUGAAGAUCAAAGAAGGAGCAAUUCGUAACGUUGCUUUGAUACCAUGCCAAAAUCUGAGAGAGAGCAGAGUUGGUUCAAUAUGCGAACCAGAGAAGCUCAAGAGGAGGAUGUGGAUGUGAUUCUGAUUUCCAAUAUGAGAGAGGAAGAAAGAGAUGAAUUGAGUUUCAUUUUGAGAGUUUCUUGUAAAGUGAGUAAGUUUUGUAGAGUUUUGGGCUUGUGGGCUGAUUGGAAGAUGAGUCUUUGCGCUUAGUUUGCAAGAGACCAAAUAAGAGUUUGUUGGUAUCGUUGGGGACUUUGAUAGAUCAAGAUGGUGUCUAUAACAACGGAUUGUUUGGUUUAGCAAUGAUGGGUACGGAAAUUUGUGAAGCAUUGAUUUUUCUUAAUCAACAAGGAUUAAUUUUGGGUUUCUUAGGUUUCUAUUGCUUUAGUGUUUAUGAUUUUGGGCUUGUUUAUGUUGAUUUGAGUGAUGUUAUAGUGAGAGGAAGGAAGGUUGUUAAAAGUGUUGUGGAUGUAGGAUGUAGUGGUAGAAGGACUGGAGAUAAAGAAACGAAAGUUCUUUUGAGCAAUUUGUUGAAAAGCAACGUGUUUCUAAGUGCUGAGCUGUUGUUCAGUUGUUGAAGAAAGAGGGAAUUGAGCUAAAAUUUGGGGAGAGCAGACAUUCAGUUGGCUAUGGCUCAGAUGUCUGGUUGUUAGCUUAUAUUCUGCUUGGACUCUUAAUUGGAAAAAAACAUCAGAAUUCAGUGAGUGAAGAGUUGGUUAAUAAUAUAUUUUUUGUUAGCACAAAAGCAGAUGAAGAUAAUAGUUUGGGGAGGUACAUGGGUUGGAUGGAGAUAGUAAGUCCUUUGUUGGAAACUAAGAUUGGUUCAGAAUUUGUGUUUUUUACAGCAGUUGUUUUGUCAAUUUUUGAAUUUUGUUCUAGGGAAUCGUCUUCUUUUGACUGAUUUGUGAGGUGCAUGAGGAAGCUGAUUAUUCAGUGUGCAUUUGAUAAAAUGUUUAAAUGCAAUGAGGCGGUAAAGUUGGAGAAUCAAGGUCAUUGUCUAGUCCCUGGAGAAUUGUGUUGGCUACACAAGGGAAGAUUAUCAGCAGAGGUGAAACACAGGUUGCUAGAUGUGGAGAAGUGCAGUGGCACUGCUAUUGAUCAAACUAGGGAGACAGGAGUUUCCAAAGAUUUAGUUGAAGGGCUAACAGAGGGAAAUGUCAAGUUUAAAGAUAUGCAGAGCCAUCUUGAUUAUGUCACUGGAUUAGCAGUUGGAGCAAAUACCUUCAAUGUGCAAGACUUUUCUCAUGUACAUACAUUCAAAUGUCAUGAGCAAGAAGUAAUGGCAGUAGUUUGUGUGGAUGAAGAACAACCAUUUUGCAUAAGUGGUGAUUAUGGAGGCGGUACAUUUAUAUGGAGCACUAGUCUCCCUUUUGGGCAAGAACCAAUAAAGAAAUGGAAUGAACCAAAGGAUUUACGUUACAGUGGUAUUCAUGCCUUGGCUAUUUCAGGGAAGUAUCAAUAUACUGGCAGUGGAGAUAAGAAAAUUAAAGCAUGGUCAUUACUGGAUGGCAUGCUAUCAUGCACAAUGAGUGGUCACAAAUCUGUAGUUUCCACACUAGCAGUAUGCAGUGGGGUUCUUUAUAGCGGGAGUUGUGAUCAAAGCAUCCGAUUGUAGAGUAUAGGAAAUGUGUACUCUGUGUUGUCUCUUACUGUUGUAGCUCAUGAACAUGGAUCAAUAAAGUUGUUGGAUUCUUUGAAACAUGUUUGAUCCAGGUUUGAUCUGUUUAUGCUUUAUGGGCAUAUGAACAGCUGACACUACAUGUAAAUAAAACAUUUUAAACUUUCAAGGUGGUCCUGUAAUAGUCUGUCCAAGUUAUUUUGCUCAGCUAUGGAGAAAAUUUGCAUGUGCCAA